AUGUCGUCCACCAUGCGAUCUCCGGAGAUAUCGCGCUCCCCGGCGCGAGUCGCGGGUGCGGGCGCGGGCGGGAGGAAUCUUCAGUCGAUCGGGAGACAGCGAUCGCUUGUGGAAGACCACCCAGAUAACGAGAGGAUCCCCGCGAGAACAGUGUGCGCGGCGUUCUCUCUCCUCGUCCUCGGACUGUUAUCAUUCCGGGGGCGCAUAGCAGCUUUCAGCUCUUCGCGGCGUUUCGACGAUGGCCCGGGUACGACUUCGAUGACAUGCGCGGGAGCGGAGAUUAUGUUUGAUUGGUUUUCUUUUUUUCAGCUUCUUGUGUACGGAAGGGUGAGUGCUAAGGCACGGUGGAGGCAGGGGGGCGGGGGGGGGGACGUACCCCACCUGGGGGAAGGAGGGGGGGAGGUCGCUGCCAUGCACUGCUCGCCGCAAGUGUGUGGUACUGUAUACGCUCAAACCCGCUACAAACAGUUUGACAGAGCGUGCCUGGGGAAUGGUUGGGGGGCUGGGGGAGAAGGAUGCCCGGAGAGCGCGCGCGUAUUUGACGCGGCGGCACCGUCAUUGUGAUUUCUUGAGCUGAGGCGUGUGGCGAAGAAUGAGGCCGCGGUGAACGAAAGAGGCAACUGCUGUGACGUCACUGCUCUUCGGAACAAUUUUUGUUUUUUAAGACCCUUGGCACUGAAGACGGGUACACCGCGGUGAGAAUGUAUCCCCCAAUCGCAAGGACCUUGUCGUUGUGGUGGCGUGUCCAGGUCGGCAUUUUGAUGUCGGCAGGCAGGCAGGCGCCGCCAUUUUUUUUUCUUGUUUUUUUUUUGUGUGCUUUUCUUGUGUUGUUUUCGAAUGUGCGGGUUGCUGUUGGAGGAGGUAAAACUGACACGCUUAGAUGGGCAUUUCCUCCUAGACCAUGAUUGCCAUUUUCUGGCCAUGCUGUAGCGCAGGAAACAGCAGUAACGCAUAUAUAUAUACAUACACGUCCUUGUCCGUAGGUUUGGCUGGGUCCGCAGCAAACCAAAUAGGUGGUGCGCCACGUUCAUUUGUGAAUUUCGGCGUGGAAUUUCUAGCUAGCUGUAUUCGGGUCAUUGUUUUAGCUGCCACGUGUGGGGUAUAAGUCAGCAGCAUCCCUCGCCUGACUCUCUCGCGCCUGUUUUGUAUGGAAGGCGAUCGUCGCUUUGCGAUUCGCUACUUUUUUGUUGAGUACCAGGCACGCAAGUUGUUUGCUGUCCUUGUAAUGCUGGAUUGUGUUGUAGGAGGGUUCGUGUUGGCUUCGUUUACCCGCUGGGCUUUUUUUUUUUUAGUAUUUUUUUUUCCCGCUGGCACCCCACAAUAAAACAUAACAAAAAGGUGUCAUGGUGUGAGUGGUGGGUUUCGAUGGCGUGUGUUUCGUGUGCUGUGUGCCACUGGCUGUGUCGGGGAAUGAUUUCGUUACAUUUAGGGUGAUUUGAUGUGGUAGCCGUUGGGAAAGGCAUACAUGUGCCUACCCGGUGCCCGUGUGUAUGUGCAAGCCAAUGCCAAGCAACCAACCAGGUUUGCUUCUUU